AUGUCGGCUACGGCUACAUCCACGUUCACGACCACCACACUUGUUGGAUCCCCGGAUAUGAAGGGCGUCACUAUAUCAGAGAAACAAUGUCCCAUGUGCUGGGGUGAAGGAUUUCCUCCAGGCGAAUCUGGCGCCCACGACAGAAUCCAGGAGUUGGAGGGGCAGGUGCAUGCGUUAACAGCGCGCGCUUCGGUAACAGCCGUCAAACUCAACGAGUACGAAGACGAAGUACGACGCCUACGCGCCUCCGCAUCCCAAGCAGCCUACGACACACCACGAUCCUCUCUGGGCGGCCCACCGUCCUCCCAAGAGCGGUCCCAAACACCAAUCGAGCGCCCAACCUCCUCAGAGUCCCAACCCCAACCACAAACCUACCAUAGUCGGCUGACCACUUUGGCCUCACUUAUCCCAUACCGGCGUAGCAGCGCAACCCCUACCAGUGCACCCUCAACAUCCAGCGGACCCCUUCCGCUCCCAACUACACCGACCAACCCCCUUCAGCAAAUGCACGCCUCGCCAGCGAGCAGCGACAACACAUCCGAGCUACAAGAUGCAUUAGAGCGCGAACAGAGCCUGCGAAAGGCGGCUGAGUCACAGCUAUCGCAAGCCAACUCCGAAUUGGAAGAUUUGACAGUGCAGCUAUUCAGCCAGGCGAACGAAAUGGUCGCACAGGAGCGGAAAGCCCGCGCAAAGCUCGAGGAAAGAGUCGCUGUGCUUGAGAGGAGAGAUGUUGAGAAGCGUGGGAGACUGGAAAGGCUGGAAAAGGCCAUGGCGCGCGUGGAGCGCCUCCGAGCCCUGGUUAAACAAUAA